AUGGAAUUUUUAACAAAUCACAGUAAAAUAAUUAGAAAGAGUAUCUUUCUAUUCACAAUUGAGAUGAUGGCGAUUUUUCUGUUAGCUUUAUUUUUAUUGAAUCAGAAUUCACAAAAUCCAUCCAAACAUCAAACUACCGAAUCUUUAGUGAAAUCAGAUUAUAAAUAUAAUCGAAUUUUAUCACAAGAAUCUUAUGAAGAACUAGACGAACCAACAACAAGGUAUUUGGAUCAAUUAAUACGGUCAGGAAAUAAGAAAACAAGUGACAAAAAAAAAUUAAACCAUAAAAAAGAAAAAAAUGACGACAAAAAUAAUGUAGAUAACAAAAACAAUGACGACAAAAAUAAUGUAGAUAACAAAAACAAUGACGACAAAAAUAAUGUAGAUAACAAAAAUAAUGACGACAAAAAUAAUGUAGAUAACAAAAAUAAUGACGACAAAAAUAAUGUAGAUAACAAAAAUAAUGACGACAAAAAUAAUGUAGAUAACAAAAAUAAUGUAGAUAACAAAAAUAAUGUAGAUAACAAAAAUAAUGUAGAUAACAAAAACAAUAAAAGCAAAAGCAAUAAAAACAAUAAAAGCAAAAGCAAAAAAAACAAUAACAAAAAAUAA